AAAUGCAAAAUGUGGGUAGUUGUGGAUGACCAGUCGGACAGUGCUAUCGCUAUCCCAAAAAAUGGAAAUCGAACUAGCAUACGUUCUAGUCACUGUGAUUACAAUCGGAUGGCUUUACUACUGGUUAACCAAGGACCAUGACUACUUUCACCACAAACCGAUUCCAUCGAUGGCGGUCUGGCCCAUCGUUGGAAGCACGGGACCACUUUUAUUCAAAAAGCACUCGUUUACGGAAUUCGUUAAGAUCAUUUACGACAAAUUUGAUGGCGUGAAAGUUUUCGGUCUAUUCGACGCGAAUGCCCCAUUAUACGUUAUUCGUGAUCCGGAGAUGAUCAAAAAGAUCGGCAUUAAAGACUUCGACCACUUCAUGAACCACCGGCCGAUCUGGGGUCAAGCCGAAGGAGAUCAUCCAAAUCUGUUGUUUGCUAAGUCGCUGUUUGUACUGAACGAUCAAAAGUGGAGGGAUAUGCGGGUUACCCUUAGUCCAGCGUUCACCGGAUCAAAAAUGCGGCAGAUGUUUGAGCUGGUAGUGGAGUGUAGCGCAAGCAUGGCUCAGUUCUUUCAGAAAGAGUCGCAGCUUAGCGGCAGAUCGCAGGUGUACGAGAUGAAAGAUGUGUUUUCUAGAUUUACCAACGACGUGAUAGCGACAUGUGCUUUUGGAAUCAAGGUUGACUCCUUACGGAACCCUAAAAAUGAGUUCUACGCGCACGGAAAUGUUAUGUUUAAAUUCGACACAUUGGCCGCCUUAAUUCGCACGUUUGGACAUCGGUACAUUCCCUCCGUUAUGAGCUACUUUGGAAUUGAUUUGCUCGAUAGAGUGCAUAAUACCUACUUUUCAUCACUUAUUAAGCAAGCUAUAAAGUCACGAGAAACUCAAGGCAUUGUUCGCCCGGAUAUGGUUCACCUCUUGAUGCAGGCUAGAAAGGGAAUGCUGAAGAAUCAGCAUGAGAUCGAGCAAAAUGAAAGUUUUGCGACGGUGAAGGAGUUUGAACAUGGGAAGGGGACAUCGUCAAUCGUAAUGACAGAGGUCGAAAUGAUUGCACAAUGCUUAAUUUUCUUCGUCGCCGGUUUCGACACAGUGUCGACAUGUCUCACCUUCCUAGCUUAUGAACUGACUAUUAAUUCAGACGUUCAGAAACGAUUAUAUGAGGAGAUUUUGGAGACGCACGAAUCUCUGAAUGGAAAGCCGUUGAAUUACGACACACUUCAAAAGAUGAAGUACAUGGACAUGGUGGUGUCAGAAUCGCUUCGUAAGUGGCCUCCAGUACCCGCUAUAGACAGACUAUGCGUUCAAGAUUACGAAUUUGAUGAUGGUCAAGGCAUGAAGUUUACUAUCGAAAAGGGAGCAGCAAUCUGGCUUCCUUUCCAUGGACUACACCAUGACCCGAAGUAUUACGUCAACCCGGAGCAAUUCUUACCGGAGCGAUUCAGUGAUGAGAACAAGGCAAAUAUAAAUCCGAACGCAUAUCUGCCAUUUGGGAUCGGUCCCAGGAACUGCAUCGGGUCCAGAUUUGCUCUGAUGGAGGUUAAGGCGAUUGUGUUUUACAUGCUGAUGAAGUUUAGCUUUGAGCGAACGGAGAAAACCCAGGUGCCAUUGAAGCUUGCCAAAGGCUAUCUGGGGGUACACUCAAGAAAUGGUGUUUUCGUGGAGUUUAAAUUGAGAAAAUCAUUGACCAGUUAGAUGGUAUUGAUUGCAAAUUCGUCGUGAAAGCCAAUAAUUUAUUCUGUAGAUACCAUGCGUUACAAUUCUUGUAAGAAAAAAAACUGAUACUGGUCGGAUUUGCAACUUUCCACUGAAAAUUAUUUUCGAUUACUGUAUUGUCGAAUGAUAUGUACCUGUAGAUAAUUUGAUCUUAUAUCUGAACUAGGAAAUAUAAAAAUUUUCGUGAAAAAUUGUUGUCCCCAAGCCACAUAGUAUUUUCUCCAUUGGAAAGGUCAGUUAUUCUUCUUUCCAGAACAACUAAAAAUUGCAAAUCGGUUUAAAACUGA